UCUAGCCCGACUAACACUGGUCUGCUUCCAUUUAAUUUGGCCCAUUGUAGCUUCCUUUUCUUCCCUCCUUCCCAGUUUCAGUUCCUCACUGUUACUUCUUCUGAAUCCUUACACAUUGCCCAUGUCCUCAUUAUUACAAAAAUUUAUAAAUAAUUCGUGCACGUAUCUCUAAACUACAAACCUCGGAAUCCCACAUACACUCACACACUAACUAUCACCAUCCCAUAUUCUUUCUUCCCCCUUUUUGGCCUUUUUUUGUUUUGAUAGAUCAAAAUGCCUUUUCAGCUCAGAAUUCCAUCCAGCAAUUCGUACUUUCAAAAUUGUUGAUUUGAGCUCGAACAGCUGCUCGAUUUCUGCAGGGAACUCAUCUUAUGCCGCUAUAGCUGCUGGGCUUCAAUUAAAAAAAAAAAGAUUUUUUUUUACUAAAAGGAUGGCGAAUUGGAAGUUGAAGCAUUGCUGCAACCAUGAACAAAUCGUCUUCCUCAUCUUCCUUGGUGUCUGCAGCGUUGUUAUCCUGGCUCUAUGGAGAACUGUAUUGCUGAUGCCAUUUAAGCUUAUCACGGUCUUCCUUCACGAAGCAAGCCAUGCCGUUGCUUGUAAACUCACUGGUGGCCAUGUGGAAGGGAUGCAAAUUCAUGCUGAUGAGGGAGGCGCGACACAUACCCGUGGGGGCGUAUAUUGGUUUAUCCUGCCAGCAGGAUAUCUUGGUUCGUCAUUUUGGGGGAUGAUGUUGAUACUUGCUUCCACGGAUCUUAUCACAGCAAGGAUUGCCGCUGCCUGUUUAGCCGUAGCUUUAUUAGUUGUCCUAUUUGUGGCGAAAAAUUGGACACUUCGAGGACUUUGCAUUGGAUUUAUUAUCUUCCUAGUUUUGGUCUGGGUUCUGCAGGAAACGACAAAGAUUCGCAUUCUUCGGUGUCAUGAACAGCUUGUUUUCUGUGUAUGACAUUUACGGUGAUCUAAUAUCUCGUAGAGUUGCUGCUAGUGAUGCUGAGAAAUUCGCCGAGGUGUGCACCUGUUGCAGUGGUGUUGGUUGGGGUGUCAUCUGGGGAUUUAUAUCCUUCUUGUUUCUUUGUGCUGCCACAUAUCUUGGUAUGGUGAUUCUGUCCUCCUGAGGUGUUUCUCUCGUAAUGUACACUUCUCCAUCAACACGGAGCCAGAAGAUCCAUUGACACGCCGGAUGUGUGUAGAACGCGGACUGAACAACCGGCAAAUGCCAUUGAUUCCGGGAUUAUUUUGAUUUUUUUUUUAUAUAUGCAUUCUGGAAGCCAAGAAAGGUCUUUACGUUGUAACACUUAAUAGGAGGAAAAUUGUUGCCAUUUGGAUAGAAUGAAUGAGAAGGGUUAACAAAGAGUUCUCUUUCUUCAUCACCAGUUUAAUAGAUAGAUCUGUUUUUGUUGUUAUUUCUUGGCGCCCAUUAUGCACACAACGCAUUUGAAAUUUCACAUUUAUAUCUAAGAAGAACUUAUGUGAUUUGGGGGAGAUAAUUUUACUCUCUCAAUUCAUCAAAGUUUCCUGGAUCAAUAAUUCAUCUUUUU